AUGGACGCAAUCCACAAUGAGCUACGCAAACCAUCCAUACAACAGUGGUUGCGAACCAAUGUGCAAGUCAAUGUGCGGAAGCUGGAUGCCACCCGUGAUUGGCGUAAACACAUUCCAAAUCUGGGAGUUAAGCUGGAGGAUGUCCCAGAAGCUUUGGCGAACAACAUUGACCGUGGCUCCUUCAGAGGAACUGAUUCACCAAAUGAUGUGGUAUGUUUCAUCAAGAAGCACAUAUGCGAUGAGAACCUGUCCCAACAACCAUUACUUGUACUGUCAGAGCAUCGGGCCCGUAAUUUUGCUUUGAUUCCCGCUGCAAAGGAAUCCAACAACCACACAGCCGACAAAGCUGGGGGUUGGCGGAAGCUGGGUCUUGCAGUUGUCCAGGCAUACGGCCACAAAUAUCAAAGGGCUGAGGAGAAGGCUGGCUUCAAGAAGGAGGAAAGUCCAGAUUCCAAAUCUGGCACUCCUCCUGCGAAGCGGCUGUGCACCAUCUAUGCCAAACAGUUGGCAAAGUUUCCACCGGGGGAUCAGGGACUUGUGAAGGACCUUCUGCGGUAUGUGGAGUUGUUCAAGGAUGACAAUGCUUCCAACGCCCAUCCUGCCCACUGCAUCAUGGACCUCCUUGCAGCCAAAGUUGUGGAGCACAACACACUGCAUGCUUCCCAGCUGGCCACCUGGUUUCGGGACUACACUGCCAUGAGGGGCAAUCCAGGUCUCUUCAAAGCUGAUGUGGAGGCAAGCUGCGCUUCCGACGGGGAGACCAUCAAAGUGCCCAUUACGUGCCUGAAGCUUAGCCUGCCUGGAGAUGGCUUACCGGCAGUGGAUGAUUGGCUCCAAACUUUUGAGAGCAUGUUGUUCGGUGGUGUCAAUCUUGGCCGAGAACCAAUUGAUGGGUGCUUGCAGUCCAAUCCUUCAGGAGGCCAAUGGACCUUAGAGCCUGGCAGCAUUGAAAUUGUCAAGGGAUGGACCAGGGCAACUUGUGUUGCGACCAUUCUCGCUGCAGCUGCAGAGGUUGACUUGCAGGACCAAGCUGGCGUUGAGCUGCUGAAACCGAUGUUCCACAUUUUGGACAAGUGUUGGCUAGUUCCAGUUCAUGUGGCCUUGGACGUUGGCGAGGUUGCCAUGUCAUUUCGGAAUUUGCAGUUGUCGUAUCAGGGGUCGGAGCGCCAGGCUCCAAACAACCUGCAGCUGGCACUUCGCUUCAGCAGAGUCAUUGAAGUGCAUCAGUUGGAUGGUUCCCAUCCUGCCCACUGGACAGCAGAAGAGAGGCUGAAGGACGUGGUCUCCAAAUUCCAUAUCACAUCAGGCCUCACGGCCCGUCAUCGAAUCGAUGAGGACAAGUUCCGGGCAUUGCUCAAUCUCAUCCAGGGGACUUGCCCUGAAAGCCGUCAAGUGCUUUCGAACCAUUUGGACAGGCACAAGUGGAAGGAGUGUGCCUUCUCGACGGACCAAUUUCGGUCCACCCGAUGGGUUUUGGGGACAUCACCGAAGAUUCCUGUGUGCCCGAUGAAGAAGGCAUUGACUGUCUGUGCAGAAUCUCAAGUUCUACACCUGCAGUUGGUCGUCAAGAGCUAUGUUGAUUCCUGCCGAAAGCUUCGACCCAGCGCUCGAUCCAAGAUGAGAUUGUCUCAGGAGCAAUUUGAUCGCUUUUGUGAUUUCUCUUGCAUCUACACUGCAGUUUUGAAAGAGGCACGCCAAUUGUCAUCCUUCAAUGCAGACAAGGAAGCUGAGGUGAAGAAGAGCUUCUUCCAGAAGGAUUACUUUGCAGAGAUUGAGGCGGCCAUUUCGGCCAAGUUGCAGACGUGGCAGUUGCAGCACCUGAGCUUGUGGACUGACUUCAUUGAACCGCCCAGUGUCUCCGUGGUGAUCCAGGACACAGAGGACAUUGUUGCCAUGGAAGAUGCGGCUCAAGCGGCCAAAUUUCGUGAGGUGAAAGCCAAGAUUGCUCAGGAUUGCGCCGCAAUGGGGCGAUUCAAUGCACAGGCAGCGGCCAGUGCCAAGCGGCUUCAUGUGGUUGAAGUGCUGCAUGAGAAGGGGCAGAUCCAGGUGGGCAAAGAGCUUGCAGAGACCCACAUGGAAAAGUUCAACAAGAUGAUCCAUGUGACUGACUUGAAAUCCUUCCCAAGCCUGGAUCCUGCUUUCCGUCUGGUGGCGUCUCAGCACAAGGUGCCCGUGGAUGAUGUGCAGGCGGUGGUUUACUGUGACUGCACAAAGCUUGGGGUCAUGUCGCAGCCAGAGAUCAAUGCCCUGGGAGAAUUUCUGGAGAAGGUCCUCUUCAGAAACCCUUUUCGAUCAGCUGCCGUGGUCUUGCCCCCCUUGCUGUUCGGCAGCACUGCUGGGGGCAGUUUGAGGGCCGAUUGGCGCAAGAUCGAGGACAAGUUGGCCAACAAUUGUCGGAUCGAAAUCCGGAACUUUGUUGUCAACCUGGACAUGGGUGAGGUUCACAAGAACCGUGAGUUCCCCGGGGCGUAUCUUUGCUGGUUGUGUGUGGCAGAUAGCACCUUGCCGAACAAGGGCACUGCGCACCGAGCACUUCGUGGCAAGGACGUGGAUCCUCCACCGGCUCAGAUCAACCAGUUCUGCGGCAGCGACCUCUGGACCCGACAAGCUCUUGCCCCAGGCCACUUUCCUGCAGCCCUACAAGAGAGAGACUUCAUCGUGCCAGGUGAGCAGCUGCUCAGCCAUGACGGCCGACGCAAUCUGACCGAUCUGCAGGAGACGGCUCAGUGGCUUGGAGGGAUCCCUGUUGCAAAAUCGAUCUUGAUGGCGCUGCUUGGAGAGGAUGGGAAAAAGAUCAAGCCAACGUUGCUGAUCCACCCCACGGCUUAUGAUGCAGCCUUGGAGUUGGCUGGGAUUCAGUUGGGGCUUGCCACUACAUCAUGCAGUUUGAACCAUGUGUACUUCAAGACUGCCAAUGAAAUUCUCAAGAAUCACCUGGUGCAGGCAUGGAAGGAUGGCAAAAGUCCGAUGGACAAGUACGUGCCCCGCUACAAGAAGGAGCUUCCAGCCGAAGAGGUUCCCACUGCGGCAUCCCGGCCUGAUCUUUCGAUUUGCCAGGUCGUCGACACCAAGAUGAUCCUGCCGAGGGACAUCAGGCAGCAGUUUCUGACUUGCCCUGUUUGGGGUGCUGAGUGGAGAGCCCUGCUUCAGAAGUUCGAUCGGGAAUGGGGUUGCCAUGAGGGAACACCAGUUGAAGUUGAAUCAGCCCCUGCAGUGGAGGUUGGACCGUCCUACAUCCCCAACGAGCCAGACACCCUUGCCAAGUUGAAGGAAAAGUAUGGUGACCCCCUUGCAGAACUUCCAGUUCCGGAUUCUCCUACGGUUCUUCUUUUGAUGACUGGACCAAUCUUGUUCAUCAUGGCAAAGGAGGCAGUUACCAUGAGGCCAUUUGAUGGGCCACUGAUGCUUCAUGGGGCAGGUACAUGGCUCACAGGUGAGAAGGCAACGAAAUUCGAAGCCGAAAACCCAGGACGUGGAAUUCCAUGUCGCUUUGAAGAUGAUCGCCGCAAGGUGGUGCUGGAGGAGAACGGCUCGGACUCUGCUGUCAUGGUGCUGCGCCAAGCCCUGCAGCAGGUGGAGCGCAACAUCACCGUGGACUUUACUCUUGGGGGGCAUCGGUGUGAACGACCACCCCAGGUCACACAAGGCCAUGCAGAUGAUUUCUUUCAAAUCACCCCCGAUGCAGAUUCCCAGUUGUUAUGGCGCCCCACGGCAAUUGCUAUGAGAAAUUUGAAGCACAACAAUGUCGCAAGCCACUUCUUGUGGUCCAAGUUGAAAGAUUCACCCCUGGAGUUGGUUUGGCGCAUGCGAGUCUAUUCGGGUGAGAAGUGCGUGGCUGCCGCGAAGCCAUUGUGGUAUCUGAGUGGGAACUUGGAGCUAGCAAAGGAUGAAUGCAAACGCAUUGUCUAACUAUCUAAGUUCUCCUACACCAUGUACGGUGUGCCAUUUUGUGGGAAGCCUUGUGCAUAGCACAGGGGUGGGUAUAGUCAGUGACAAAGCCUGGCUAUGGUGCCUUUUGCACCUCUUGAAAGUUGGCGUUUGAAGGGCCUGCACUGUGUGCUUUUGCAAAGCCAGUUCGAAAUCAUUUGCACAGAAUCUUG